AUGGAGAACUCGACACAUCCAGUUGAAUCUCCUGUCAAAACGGAUAUCGAGGCACCGGCAUUGCAGCCUAUUAUCACUGAAAAACAUCACGAUCCUAAUCUGGUGGAUUGGGAUGGUCCUGAUGACCCUGAGAAUCCAUUUAAUUGGCCUUCUUAUAAGAAAUGGCGACAGUUAAUAUUCAUGGCGAUUAACACUUUCUUGACCCCUCUUGCUUCCUCUAUGUUCACACCAGGUGUAGCUGAUAUCCUGAAAGAAUUCGGUUCUGACAGCACAAUGAUGGCCUCAUUCCUUGUGUCAAUUUAUGUCCUUGGCUAUGUAGUCGGUCCGUUCCUGAUCGCUCCGCUAUCUGAAUUGUACGGGCGCGUUCCACUCUACCAUACCUGCAAUAUCCUAUUAUUGAUCUUCACCAUCGCAUGUGCCGUCUCGCAGAGCCUGCCCCAGCUCCUGGUCUUCCGGCUACUAGCUGGUAUUGCUGGUGUCUGCCCGCUGACAAUAGGCUCGGGCACCGUGGCUGAUAUGGUCUACAAAGAGAAACGUGCCGGAGUAAUGGCUAUAUGGGCGAUGGGACCCUACAUGGGACCAGUUAUUGGACCAGUUGCCGGUGGUUUCUUGGUGGAGGCUGAAGGGUGGAGAUGGGUAUUUUGGGUUCUUGCUAUUACGAUUGGCGUCAUCCUCAUCUGCACAUUAUUCUGUUACCGAGAAUCUUACGCACCGACAUUAUUACGACGCAAAGCGGCUCGACUGCGCAAAGAAACGGGGAAUCCUAAUCUCCGCUCCAUCUUGGAUGAUGGAGCCAGAUCACCUCGUCAACUCUUCCUCUCUGCGCUAUCCCGUCCGAUCAAACUUCUCUUUACCUCGCCCAUCGUCUUUCUGAUGGCUCUCUUCGCCGCUAUUACCUAUGGAUACCUCUACCUAAUGUUCACCACAAUGACUUCCAUCUUCGAAGACAACUACGGCUUCAGUCAAGGUCUGGCUGGUCUAGCCUACCUCGGGUUUGGAGUAGGUUGUGCUCUCGGUCUCCUCAUCGUCGGACGAACAGUCAAUAUGAUCGCAGCAAAACACUCCGCCGAAGGCCGAUUCUCGCCCGAAUCUCGUCUCCCGCCAAUGUUAUACGGGUGCUGGGCCAUUCCGGUAGGAUUAUUUUGGUAUGGAUGGUCCGCGCAGGAAAAAACCCAUUGGAUCAUGCCAAUUAUUGGAACGGGCAUUUUCGGCUUCGGUAUCGUAGCUGUUUUCGCUACUGUGAGUGCUUACUUGGUCGAUUCGUACCUUCGAUAUGCUGCGUCUGUGACCGCAGCGAAUGUGUUUUUGCGUUCACUUUUCGGUGCCGUCUUGCCACUCGCUGGUCCAUCGAUGUAUGAUGCGCUUGGGUUGGGAUGGGGAAAUUCGCUGCUGGCGUUUAUUGCGCUUGCGAUGUGCUUUGUGCCAUUCUUAUUUGCGAAGUACGGGGCGAUGAUUCGGACACACCCCCGAUUUCAGUUGAAACUCUGA